AUGAGGAUAUUUUUCUUGUUUCUCGUACUCCAGGAGUUUUUUCAACCCGUUUCCACAAAGCAACUGAUUGAAAAAGCCAACAACGAGACUCUGAAAAUUCGUCUCAACACUCCAUUCUUCAAAUUUUUCAGCAAGAAUGGGCAUCAUGUGGUAGACGAGGAGAUUCCUAAAAUUACCAUCCCAGAAAUCAGGCUCCCAUUUUCAACAAGCAUUGGACAUGGUGUAGUGAAGACUGAUGACCUGAAAAUCGAGAAGUUUAAUUCCCCAAAGAUUGAUUUCAAUUUAUCCAACACUGGAAUCGCAUGGUGGACCAGUGGAGGAGCGAUUAAGUUGACUGGAAAAUGGCAUGCAAAGUUUACAGAACUGAUUACGGUUCGUGAUAAGGGAUGGCUGAAUGCAUAUGCUACUGGAAUCCAAAUGAAUAUAUCUGCAUCAGCUUAUCAGUUGGAUGGUCAACCACAAAUACGUAUCGGAGAGUGUACAGUCACGAUUCAAAAGUUAGAUGUCGAAAUCGGUGGAAGUGUCUUAUCCUGGCUAGUUAACCUCUUCGAAACGCCAUUCUCCAAAUUGGUCAAACAAGUUAUCAAUUCUCAAGCCUGUACUGCUGCUCGUGGAAUUCUAAUAGACGAGGCCAAUCGCUUCCUUCACUCGCUUCCUAGUCAUGUGGAUAUUGGGGCUAACUUCUAUGUGGAUUAUUUUCUGACCGAAAACCCGCAUGCUACGAACCAAUUCACGGAAUUCGAUCUGGCUGCUGAUAUUGUUUAUGGAAAUAGCUCGUGUCUUCCGGUGAAAAGUGGAAAUUGGACUGAUGCUAGUUCCUCUCCUGGAAUGGUGACGUCUUGGAUUUCCGUCUCCAUCCCUAACUGCUUAAUCGAGUCUGCCCACCAAAAUCAACUAGUCCGAUUUCUAGUCUCCAAAGACAUUGCAGUUGCAGAACCCUAUCUACGCACUUCUUGCGGCUUCCUUGGAUUGUGCAUUGGAAAGUUUUUCAAGAAAUUAAGAACGGAAUAUCCAAACAAUCAUGUGGAUAUGUAUUUCCAUACCUACAAUACUCCGUUUUUUGUGAUGAGCGAGAAAGAUGGAGUUAUGUUGAAUAUGAGUUUGGCGGUAGACUUGUUUAUCAAUCCCUACGCGAAAACCAAACAGAACAUUCUUGCUCGUCUCGUGGUUGACACCUUCUCCGACCUUGAGCCAUACUUAAAUCAUACCAAAAUCCAUGGUCACCUCUUGAACUCCACUAUCACCGCAAGAGUCGACUUCUCUAACAUUGGCGAUGUUCCUGGAGCAUUCCUCAGAGCGUUCUCCAGCGUUCUCUCAAUGACUGCUCGCCAAGCAGUCAAGUCAGUUCUGGGUGUUGGGAUUCCGAUUCCAUCUUAUGAUAAUGUCACUUUGGCUGACUCUUCCCAUGUCGAAGUAUUCGAUCAGUACCUCCGUACCAACAUCGAUUUUGAGUAUAAGUGA